AUGAACCAAAUCUGUGGUGUUUGCGGCUGGGGUCUCCUCAUCCUGGUCACUUUUCUCCCAAGAGGGGAAGCAAUAAUGAACUGCGCGAAGUUCAUCAAUCAUUUGAUGCAACAGUUUCCGGUGGACUACCCAGAGGAUCGAUAUUAUUUAAGGUGCGCAGACAAAAGAUGCCUGUUGCACGUAUUCCUAGAAAAGGAUUUCUUUGCAGCAAAGCGAAUAUGCAAUCAACUGACUGCAGAGUUGUGGAUUCCGCGACCAAACGAGAGAAUUGGCUACGACAUGUGGAUUGGUAUUUUGGGCAUUCAGCUAAACAAAGAGGACAUGGAAUUGGCGUGGGGCACGGCCGAGCUGGAUGUGCUAAAUGAAG